CUGCACGCGCGUCGACAAGCACUUUGAGACCGUGUUCCCGUCUGUCAAAGCCGGAAAGGACGUGUUCGUUGAGUGGCCGCUGGCAGAGAAUGCGGGACGCGCGAGAGAGUUGGCGGAUGCAGCAAAGCGCGCUGGAGGGCGGACGAUGAUUGCGCUGCAAGGUCGCGUCGGCCCGCUGACGCACGAGCUGAAGCGGGUGAUUGAGGACGGACGCAUCGGGAAGGUCCUCGGCUCCGCCGUGCGCAUGUCAGGCCCACUGCCUGAGCGCGAUGUCCUGCCCAGCUCGCUCGAGUAUUUCCUGCACAGGUCGAUCGGCGGGAAUAUGCUCACUAUUACUGCUGCCGGGCAUGGAUUCGAUCUGUUCCAAACCGUUCUUGGAGAAGCCGUCGAUGUCACCUCCCACCUCCAGCUCCAGCGGCCAGUGAACCGCCUACGCGAUGUAUCGACCGGCGCGAUCACUGGUACCUCGAAAUCAGACGUCCCGGAUCUGAUGAUCCUCACAGCCCGUCUGACCGAAUCGCCGUCCGUCGUCCACGAUGCGUCUUUCUUGUUCCAUUUCCGCCGCGACACUCAGUUCCCAGGAGAGCCCAACCUCGUCUGGACGAUCACGGGUGAGCGGGGCGAGAUCCGGGUGACGAACGAGGCGACGUCGUGGCUGCACAUGGGUCCCGCGGGCAUCACGGUCGAUUUGCACGACUUUGAGACGGGCAGGGUCGAGCGGGUUGGUUGGAACGCGGAGAGUUGGCCUGAGGAUCCGGAUACGCCUGGCGCAGCGAAGAACAUCGGGUUGUUGUAUGAACGGUUUGCGACGGGAGGCGAGUAUCCGACGUGGGAGGACGCUGUGAGGAGGCACGAGCAGAUUGACGGACUGCUGGCUGGAUGGGUCGCCGAAGCUUGAGAUCAAAUGCAAUGUAUACGAGGGUCAAAGUAGAACUGAAGAUCUUUGCGAAAGGUUUCCGAAAUCUCGCCUCAUCGUCAAUGAAAACAUUCAAGGGGUGAAAAUUACGACUGUAAGUGUUGGUUUCAGCUCGCAAGAUC